AUGGAGAAAUGCAAGCGAGAGGAGGCUCCGGAAGGCAGCUCUAUGCCACCGCCCAAGCGCGUCUGCUUCAAAGCUGAGCAAGACGUGAAACUCGUGGAUAAGUGCGUUAUCAGAGAAGAAAGUGCCCGCGAAGCUCUCGACGCUGAGUCUGCGGAAGAUCGCAGCGACCUCGACGCUCGCUACCCCAAAGAUGAAGUCGAGAAGAUUCGGCGGCGCAAGAAGAUCUUGGCCGCAGGCGUCGCCGCGCUGGGCUACGGCGUGAGCGACACCGACGUUGACACCGUGAACUCGCGCUCCGCGGCCGUCGCGGCCUCUGAGGCUGAUCCAGAAGUCGAGAAAGACGAGACGGGCGUCGCGUUUGAGCCCUUCAACAUGCGCAAGGAGUUUCAGGAGGGCACCUUUGACGAGGACGGCAACUACGUCUGGCGGGCGAAACUCCACGAGGAGGUGAAGGACGGCUGGCUGGACGCAAUCGACGCGGGCGACGCCAGAACUGCUUUCCGGACCGAAGACGAACGUCGGCGCGUUUUGUCACGGAUGGACGCCGAGCCCGAGGCGGUCGCGGUCGAUGUGCCGGCGAGUCUCCGCGCCCUCAGCGAACUUCUGCAGCCUGGGGAGACGCCGACGGCGGCGAUUCGCCGCGUGAAGGCUGAGGCGAGUCAGCGGCAUGCGAAGGAGGCGGCUGCGGAGUGCAGCGUCGGAGGCGGACGCGGAGGCGAACGCGGGGCGGGCUCCGCGAGUGAGGCUUCCGCGAGUGAGGCUUCCGCGAGCGCGCGCCAAGAGCGGAGAAGAGAGGAGGACGAGGAGGACGAGGCGUUUCGGCGGCCGGCUGCGCGGCGAAAGAGGAGGCGAGACGGCGAGGCGUCCAGCGGGGGGGCUGGAAACGAACCCGCGAAAGCCGACGAGGCAGUGGAGAGAGGCGGCGCGAAGCCUCCCGCUGAGGCUCCCAGCGCUGGUAGCGGGUCGGACUCGGCAAAGCCGGGCGGCGCGCCACCCACAAACGCCGCAGACGAGCGGAUGGAAACUGACGACGAAAAAGACGACGGAGAGCCCGCGAGACGUGCGCGCGCGCCGCAGAGGCGCCAGGCGAAGGGAACCCGAGGAGGCAAGAUGGACGGCGAGGAACUGCGCGUCUUCAACGCCAUCACAGACCUGUGCUCUUCACUCAUGACGAUUGGCAGGAACGUCUACUUUCUGCGGCGCGAAGACAUUCUGAAGGAGCUCGACGCCGAGAGGGCGCGUGCGACUCCCGGGACGGACGGCGCGGAGACGCCGAUGGAGGACGCGAGCCGCGAAGCUUCAGGAAUGGCGAGCGGCUCCAGAGGAGCCCCGACGACCUAUUGGCAGUUCCGCUGGCUGAAUAACCCUACAGACACCGAGAUUCAUGGUCCUUACCCUGCCGCGAUGUUUCAGGCGUGGAUGCAGCAGGGAUUUAUUUCGGACGAGACUUCGAUGGAAGUGCGCCAAACGUCUGCGGCGAAUGACCCGCUGGAUGGCGUCUGGCUCUCUUGGCGGCAGGCUGACUUCCGCUCGGCUGAGGAGGCAGAAGAAGAGGAGAGGGAGCGCGAAGCCGAGGAAGAAGAACGAGAAAGAGAGGAGGAAGCAGACCGGGCGCGAGCGGAAGAGGCUGCCCGAAGCAAGAAGCAGAGGGAACUCGAUGGAGAGGACGACGAGGGCGAGGGCGCGGAGUAUGAAAAACGCUCGCGGAAAGACGACCGGGUUAUGAAGAUGCUGGAAAAAAGUGGGGCGCGAUGA